GACAUAUAAUAGUUCGAAAUGGCUGGUGCAUUAGAGAACGCAAGAAAAGAAAUCAAACGCCUCUCUUUAGAGGAUCACGAUGAAUCCCUUUACGGUCAGAUUUUCUCGGUCUCUGGACCUGUCAUCGUUGCCGAAAACAUGAUUGGUUGUGCCAUGUAUGAAUUGGUCAAGGUUGGUCAUGACAACUUGGUCGGUGAAGUUAUUCGUAUUAAUGCUGAUAAGGCCACCAUUCAAGUUUACGAAGAAACUGCCGGUGUCACCGUUGGUGACCCAGUUCUCAGAACCGGAAAGCCACUUUCUGUUGAACUUGGUCCAGGUUUGAUGGAAACUAUUUAUGAUGGUAUUCAAAGACCAUUGAAGGCCAUUAAAGACUUGUCUCAAUCUAUCUACAUCCCAAGAGGUAUUGACGCUCCUUCUUUGUCUCGUACUGUCAACUAUGACUUCAACCCAGGCUCGUUGAAGGUUGGUGACCAUAUUUCCGGUGGUGACAUUUUCGGUUCCAUUUACGAAAACUCUUUACUUGAUGACCAUAAGAUUCUUUUACCACCAAGAGCUAGAGGUACUAUUACCUCCAUUGCCGAAUCCGGUUCUUACAAUGUUGAAGAUACCGUUUUGGAAGUUGAAUUUGAUGGUAAGAAGCACAACUACUCUAUGAUGCACACUUGGCCUGUUAGAGUCCCAAGACCUGUCACUGAAAAGUUGGCUGCUGACUAUCCAUUGUUGACUGGUCAAAGAGUCUUGGAUGCUAUUUUCCCAUGUGUUCAAGGUGGUACUACAUGUAUUCCAGGUGCCUUUGGUUGUGGUAAAACCGUUAUUUCUCAAUCCUUAUCUAAAUACUCUAACUCUGAUGUGAUUAUUUAUGUCGGUUGUGGUGAAAGAGGUAACGAAAUGGCUGAAGUUUUAAUGGAAUUCCCAGAAUUAUACACUGAAAUUAAGGGCCGUAAGGAACCUAUCAUGAAGCGUACUACUUUAGUUGCCAAUACUUCUAACAUGCCGGUCGCUGCCAGAGAAGCUUCUAUUUACACUGGUAUCACAUUGGCUGAAUAUUUCAGAGAUCAAGGUAAGGAUGUUUCUAUGAUUGCCGAUUCCUCUUCUCGUUGGGCUGAAGCUUUGAGAGAAAUCUCGGGUAGAUUGGGUGAAAUGCCUGCUGAUCAAGGUUUCCCAGCCUAUUUGGGUGCCAAGUUGGCUUCUUUCUACGAACGUGCUGGUAAGGCUGUUGCCUUAGGUUCUCCUGAUAGAGUUGGUUCUGUUUCCAUUGUUGCUGCUGUGUCUCCAGCCGGUGGUGAUUUCUCCGAUCCAGUUACUACUUCUACCUUGGGUAUUACUCAAGUUUUCUGGGGUUUGGACAAAAAAUUGGCUCAAAGAAAGCAUUUCCCAUCUAUUAAUACUUCUGUUUCAUACUCCAAGUACACCACUGUGUUGAACAAGUACUACGAUUCUAACUACCCAGAAUUCCCAGCUUUGAGAGACAAGAUCAGAGAAAUUUUAUCUAACGCUGAAGAAUUGGAACAAGUUGUUCAAUUGGUUGGUAAGUCUGCCUUGUCCGAUGCUGACAAGAUUACCUUGGAUGUUGCCAACUUGAUUAAGGAAGAUUUCUUGCAACAAAACGGUUACUCCACUUAUGAUGCCUUCUGUCCUAUUUGGAAGACAUUUGACAUGAUGAGAGCUUUCAUCUCUUAUCACGAUGAAGCUCAAAAGGCUAUUGCCAAUGGUGCCCAAUGGUCCAAGUUAGCUGACUCCACUUCGGAUGUUAAGCACUCUGUCUCCUCCUCCAAGUUCUUUGAACCAUCUAGAGGUGAAGAAGAAGGUAAGAAGGAAUUCAACGAGUUGUUGACCAGCAUCACUGAAAGAUUUGCUGAAGCUUCUGAGUAAGAUCAUCGUUGAACACGGCCUGUGUGUCAUUUUGUUUAUAUGACAGUACAUUUUAAUUCUUUUUACAAAAUAUAUAUUUCUAAAUAUUAAACUGAAUCAUUCU